AUGGAGUCUGUCAAUAGCAAUAAUGCGGCGGUUAUCUCAGAUCUCAGAGAGCAGUUGAGAAGGCUAGAGUCCAGGCUUGUGAACAUUGAAAGUCAUGGGAAGCCUGAUUCCGCGAAUGAGGUUCAAGGUUUCAUCGAAGUGGACGAUUCUAAUUCUGGAACGCAUGGCGUGGACAUCGAUCUGACCAACGUCGACUUUCUGCCCAAGGUCAAGAAAUGCAACUUUACAGAUUUCAAGAAUCGCUUCAGCGAAGAAGAUGGUCGCAACGCCGUCGAUGUUUUAGUGUCAGGGAAUCUCUUUGAGCAAGAGUAUCGAGAAGUGCAAGCACUGCGUGAGAAACUCUUUGAGCAUGGAAAAGCCAGCGCCCGAGCAUCAAAAAGGGAAACCAAAGCUCUAGUUAAAGAGACAGAUCGAAGCAAUGACGCCUUGCGCAACGACCAAUCUGAUCUUACCUGGAUUCGGCGCAUCAGGCUUCAGGCACCUGCCCUCCUCCAAUUGCUUGCCAGGGUACAAGGAGAGUCCUGGUCCAAUAGACCUCGAACUUACGAUCGCCCGUUUUGUACUCUCAUCCACUUCCAUCCUCAAGUCAAGGUAGCUUUGGCGGAGCUGGAGGAGAAAUGGGCUACCCAGAGCGAUGGCCAACACACUGACAGUGCUGGACUGACGCCAGGGGCUGACGGUCGUGAAGGUGAGGAGGAAGAUGGCCUCGACGAUAGCCAAGCGGCAUUGGAGAUCUUGCGGGUUUACGUCAAGUUCAUUGAUGAAGAGGUCAUACCCGAGUCACAUCGAUACAAGAAUCUGGACUACAAGAGCGACGAAAAGAUCUUAUUCUCCGAUCUCUGUUAUUUGUUCAAGCCUGGCGAGUACAUUUACAUGCAGCUCGAAGGUGAGCUGUCAACAGGCCAUGAUUAUCGGAUGGGACAGAGAAUCUGGAGAGUUUACUUCGUCAACGAUGCCAUCAGGAACUACAACUUGACACCUUCAGAUCAUCGCAAGUACUCCGCCACCGAAACGAGUGAAGAUGACUGCAUCUUCUUCACCGUUCACGCCUAUCACAUUGAUUAUACGGGUGACGAGUUCUGUGUGGUCACGAACACCUUCAGGAUAAGUCCAUUUGAGAAAUGGAGGCCUAUAUAUACCCUACCGAUCUACCCAAUACGAUUCAAUAAUAACCAUGAAACGUAUAUGGAUACCGCCCAGAGGAUUGGCGACCAAGUUCUUCGUUUCGUGGAGUCAAAGCAUGCCUUUUACAACGGCUGGACCAUUAUGCGCAAUCCAAUAGGAGACUUUGCGACAGAUGCUAACGGGGUCGACAUUAAACAUCCCGAGUAUAUCAAUAGCGAGGUCAUGGUGGACUUUGCAGAAGCUUUUCAAGCGUGCCCGUCUUGGAGACCGCAGAGAACAAUCCUGAAGACUGAAUUUACCAACAAGAUUCUCAUUUCCGAUGAGUUCGCCAUCCGCUCAUGGUCCGGCAAAGACAGGGCCAAUUUGCUGCGAGAAACGACAGAGAUCAUCCCGUAUCGCACAGGAGUGCAUCACUUGAAGCGGAACAAAUUCGUGCUGGAAGAUCCUUUCCUGGCUGCUGUGGCUCAGAAUCACCAAAGAGGACAACCCACGACCACACAAUUUCUCCGCCAUGAAGAAAAGAUUCUGAUCAAUUGUCGGGUAUUUGCUUACGUCUUUGGGGAGCGAAAGUUUGCCCAGCUUGACGUAUCAAGAUUGACUCUAUCUGCUCGGAAUUUCGAAGCUCUCAAGGCGUUGAAGAUUCCGCCCAAGACCAAGCAGCUUAUACAAGGCUCUGUUCGAGGCCACUUCCUCCAGAAAGAAUCCGAGCGAGGUUAUGGAGACCAAGGACUCUCUCUAGAUGUUAUACAAGGCAAAGGGACAGGAUUGUUCAUACUCCUACACGGCGUCCCAGGUGUUGGUAAGACGGCGACUGCAGAGGCUGUAGCUCAAGCAAAUGGCAAGCCCUUGUUCAAGAUCACCUGUGGUGAUAUAGGUCUUACGCCAGAUCAGGUCGAGACUUCCCUGAGAGCAAUAUUCAGGCUUGCGAGUAUAUGGGACUGCAUUCUCUUGAUGGAUGAAGCCGAUACUUUCUUUUCACAGCGAUCAAAGGGGGACUCUGCAAUCACCAAGAAUGCACUAGUGUCAGUGUUUUUGAGAGUUCUAGACUACUAUACGGGAAUUCUCUUCCUGACAACCAACCGAUCAGGUGCACUCGAUGAGGCCUUCAAGUCACGGAUUCAUUACAAGAUCUACUAUGCGCCAUUGACAAAAGAGCAAACCAUGGACAUAUGGAGGCUCAACAUCGAAAGGCUUCGCUACAUCAAUGAGCAGAGCGAAGAUAAACGACCUUUGGAAAUCGUGGACUCUACCGUCAUGAAUUUCGCGGAGCUCCAAUUCGACGAAAGUAAUCAUCGCAAAGCUGGACAAUGGAAUGGCCGGCAAAUCCGUAACGCUUUCCAGGUGGCAAGGAGUCUGGCAUAUUACGACGCCUUCAAUGAAGCCGAAGUCAAAGAUGUUGGUCUGGAUGAGCCCGCUCGGCCUGCCGUCUUGGAUGUGAAGUACUUCCACAUGAUGCACGAAAUAACAGAAUCUUUUGAUCACUACAUGUUGGAGGUGUUCUCGGGAGCGAAUGAUGGAAAGUUAGCUCUGGAAAUGGAGCAUCGAGCAGACCACUUCACAAAUUCUCGAGUGCAUCGAUCGACAGCAGCACGGGAAGAACCCGACGACCAGUACAAUGGCUACAACCCAAGAUCAUCAUUUGACCAUAGCCAAGUUCAAGAGUUUGGUGGUCGACCAAGAAGUACAAGCCAUAAAGGGAGUCGCCCAUCUAUCUCGAUUCCAGGAGCUUCACAACGAUAUUCACCGAAUUCACUUGCACCACCGUUGAGUGCUGCCUACGACGAGGAGGCCAAUAUGGAUGACAAGUCUUCAGGUACUCUAUGGUCGACUUCGCCUAGACCUGGGCAACGACAUCCAUCCUUGGCAUCUGAAUGGCCUGCGACAGAAUUCAGAGGAGGGGUUGACAGCGACUACGCAAUUCAAGGGUCGAGCAGUGGCUCUAGAUUUGCUGCAGGUGCACCUGCUCAGUCUAGGACUUUCGGAAGGGGUGGCGGGAACUAUGGUCUUGGAAGAGACUCUCGCAGCCAUAGCAGUUUUGAUGCUGAACCAAGCUACAGAAUGGACAAGAAUGAGCAUGGGAAAAGAGAACGAUCGUGA